CCGAAGCAGUCGGCAAGAUGGCGGAACGGGGAAGGGAUCUGUCUGGCCUCGUCGGAAGAAUAACAUAAUUUAUGUUAGCUAGCAAAGAAAAUAAAAUGGAGUAAAUAAAAUAGCUCUGACAGAGGAUUCGCCAGUGGAGGAUGAAUAGUGCCUAGAUCUGAGCAAUAUAAGCUGAAUGCAUUGUGAUUUCCAAUAAUUGAGACAGUGAUUCUAAAAAAACUGUCUACAUUAAUGAAAAGAACAAUGUAGUCAUCUUAGCAUAUUCAACACUGGUACAUGGUCAAUACAGGGAUUUUUGUAUUCUUCUAAAUAUUGUGUGCAAUGUGCUUCUGCAUGCCUUUUUAGCUGAAAGCUUAUGAGAAAUAGUUGCCAAAACAGUCAGGGUGACCCAUAGAGCAGUUGUAUUUAGUAAUUCAUAAGACACAGUCAACAUGGAGAUGGAUGACAUAUUACCCCCCUUACCGUUGGAGCCACCUGAUGAUUUGAACUCGGAAGGCCUUAAUGGUAAAGCGCAGCCUCCAACACCCCCCCUGCAAACGUCCAGUGACGCAGAGGAAAUGGACGUUAGCUCUGGUGGUGAUGGACACACACACACCACAGCAGGGGGCCAGGGCCUCCAAACCAAGGGCUCCAUAACCUUCAUUAAUAACCUGUCAGAUGAGGCCGAACCUAGCACCUCGUGCCCUAGAACAGCCCGCCACGCACCACCUGUCACCAAGUUCCUGCCAGACCUAAAAUUACUCAGAGACAUUAAGAUCAGUGUCAGUGUCGUAGAUACCAGCAGGAGCAAAGAUAGGAAGGUGCUGUACACAGGGAUAGGUCAGGAGGGUGGUGGUGAAGGGGAGACCAGCUCAGAGGGCCUUAAUGGUGAGUUUUAUGAUGCUGAUACAGAGCCAGGGGCUGUGGAUGGUAGCUCAGGGCUUGGGGUGGUCGGUGUCAGUGCAGGGAGGAGAGGGGAGGAGGCAGAGGCAGACCUGGAGAACAAAGUGGAGUUUGCGGUCCUAGAUGAGCUGGAGGACUUCAGUCAGGACUUCCUGGACACGGAGGAUGUGCAGCAGGGGGGGUUCAGGUCAGAGGUCAUAGUUCAACAGGAUCAUGCUGAUGAAGAGAACCUAAAUAUAUCCUAUGAGGAGGACUUUGACAAUGAUGUAGAUGCUCUGCUGGAGGAGGGCAUGCCCGUGCCCAAAAAGAUGCGCCUGGCAGAGGGGGCUGUUGAGUAUGCAGGAGACAGUGAUCACGCAUCCGACAGGGAUGUGGAGGGAGGUGUUCAGCCCAUGAUGACCAAAAUUAAGACAGUCCUGAAGAGUCGUGGGCGUCCACCCACUGAGCCACUACCUGACGGAUGGAUCAUGACAUUCCAUAAUUCUGGCAUUCCAGUCUACCUGCACAGAGAGACCAGAGUGGUGACCUGGUCCAGACCUUACUUUCUGGGGUCCGGGAGCAUUAGGAAACACGACCCUCCCACCAGUAGCAUCCCCUGCCUGCACUAUAGGAAGAUGAAGGAUCACGAGGAGAGGGAACAGAACGGAGAGGUGACGCCCAACGCUGAAGUGUCUCCGGUGAAGCCUGGGGAGGAGGCAGACUCCGUGGAGAGACCAGACGAGCCUGACUCCACUGCCCAGGAGGACCCUACCACUGUGGGCCUGGGGGAAGGACAGGUGGAGGCGGAGAUAGAGACAGGCCUGGUCACAGAGGGGACCACAAAAGGGUGUCCUGUCCUGCAUGGCAAGAUGCCCCACUCCUGUGAGAUGGCCCAGGGGGCUCUGGGACAGGUCAGGGCCAAGGUGGAGGUGUGCAAAGAUGAAUCGAUAGAAAUUGAGGAGUUCCGCAGCUACCUGGAGAAGUGCUUUGACUUUGAACAAGUGACCGUGAAGAAGUUCCGUACCUGGGCAGAGCGCAGGCAGUUCAACAGGGACAUCAAGAGGAAACAGGCUGAGUCAGAAAGACCCAUUCUGCCUGCCAACCAGAAACUCAUCACUCUGUCUGUAUCAGAUACCCCCACCAAGAAAGAGUUUGUCAUUAACCCAAAUGGGAAAUCUGAAGUUUGCAUCCUACAUGAAUAUAUGCAACGUGUCUUAAAGGUCCGACCUGUUUACAACUUUUUUGAAUGUGAGAACCCAAGUGAACCCUUUGGAGCCUCCGUCAUAAUAGAGGGAGUGACAUAUGGCACAGGAACUGCAAGCAGUAAAAAACUUGCCAAGAAUAAAGCUGCUCGAGCCACACUGGAGAUUCUCAUCCCUGACUUUGUGAAGCAGACGUCUGAGGAGAAGCUUGUAGAAGGGGAUGAACUGGAGUAUUUUAAUCAUAUCAGUAUUGAAGAUUCAAGGGUGUACGAACUGACCAAUAAAGCAGGCUUACUCUCGCCAUAUCAGAUUCUACACGAGUGCCUUAAGAGAAACCAUGGAAUGGGUGACACCAGCAUCAAGUUUGAGGUGAUCCCAGGAAAGAACCAGAAGAGUGAAUAUGUGAUGACGUGUGGAAAGCAUACCGUGCGCGGAUGGUGCAAGAAUAAACGUGUGGGGAAGCAGCUGGCGUCUCAGAAGAUCCUACAGAUGCUGCACCCUCACGUGAAGAACUGGGGGUCACUGCUCCGCAUGUAUGGCAGAGAGAGCAAUAAGAUGGUAAAAAAGGAAAAUUCAGACAAGAGUGUGAUUGAACUUCAGCAGUAUGCCAAAAAGAACAGGCCAAAUCUUCACAUCCUGAACAAACUGCAAGAGGAGAUGAGGAAACUGGCUAAGGAGAGGGAGGAAACCAGGAAGAAGCCCAAGAUGACCAUAAUGGAGUCAGCCCAGCCUGGUAGUCAGCCCCUCUGCACUGUUGACGUCUAGGAACCAUCACUGCAACCAAUCUAACAUGGCACUGACCAAUGGUAGCCAUAGUCACUGUCCGAUUUUAAAAGCCACUCCACCAAUCUAUCAUCCAAUUAUGCAUCAUUGUGA